UAUGAUUGGUAGUUCUUCACCAAGAUGGCGUAAAUUUUUUUUCGGUAGUAGUUUUUUAUUUCGUGGACUCAAUAAUAUUUUUUUAAACAUCGUAUAUAUCCAAGAAAUUCACACAAUUUGAAGGCAAAAAAUGGAAAAUUUGUUAAUUUGAUGGUGGAAGUGUUUCAUCGUUGUGAAUAAACAACGAAAGACGACGACGGCGACGACGUCAAACAAACCAUGGAGAAAGAAACAAUCAAUCAAAACAACACCGCCACUACCAAUCUGGAUUUGGUAUUGGAAAAUGUACAGAAUUCAAUAAGUUGUCUAAAUCCAUUCGAUAGAACACCCAAUAUAAUGGAUGAUGAAAUGAAUAGUGUGACCCAAGAGGAGUUGGAGGCAAACCUCUCCACAGAUUGUCCCACAACCAGUGGUAACGGCAGCAGCAACAACAACAACAGUAAUGAGAAAGCUCCAACUAGUUGGGAUCUGUUAAUACAAAGUGUGUUGGAUGAUACCUCAACUCAGGAUGCUUUGAUUGGACAGCAAGCACAACAGGAGGCGCAAGGAAAUAAUAACUUAUCUAUGCUAGCACAUGAGGAAUCAGAGAUUUUGGAAAUAUUCCAAAAGGAGAUGGAAGAUGAAAUGGAAUCUGGCAUAGAAUGGAGGCCGGGAACAGAUUUGCCAAUAGAACCUGCAGCUACAACAGACAAAUUGCCAGGGGAACCACCACCUGAAAUGGAAAAUAAUCGAAGCAGUUCUGAUAAACCAGAGGAAACAAGGCCAUUAAAUGACACAACUGAAAUUGCUGAAAAAUGUGAAGAAUCAACGCCGGCUGAAGUGCCAUGCGAAGUUGGCAAAGAAAAUGCUGAGAAUUCCAAUGAAAAUGUUGUGUCACCAGUAAGAAGCUCAGAUGAUAGCCUGCCAAUAAAGGAAGAGCUGUCCAUCGGCAGUGAAAUAAUGUUAAGCCAAAAUCUCCAACCAGAUUGCUUUUAUGACGAGACAAUUAAUUUAGAUGAUGACGACGAUAAUGAGUUGUGUCAAGUCGAGGUUUAUGCCACCACUUCCACUGGCGACACUAAAACCAAUGUCAAACAAGACAUUUCCAAUAGCGAAAAAACAAAUAUAAAAAAUGAACCCAACGACGACGAUGAAGAGGGCGAUGUUCUCAGCAAUGCCUCAUCGAUUUCCAUGGGAAAUCUAGAGGAAUUUGAGAGCCAGUUAAAUGAGGAGAUGCCAGAUCAAGAAAACGACCAACAGGCCUCGGAUGAGAAUGAAACAAAUUCCCUGUCCAUUAUUAACAGUGAUCAUUGUUAUUCCCAAGAGAUAGUGGGCAAAAAUGAAGUGGAGGUGUUGAAACGAAGUCUCCUGAACUAUGCUCGGCAAACGGGUUCCUCAAAGAGUUUUGAGAAAAUCGCAAAUUUAGUUCAACAAAUUAAUCAUUGUCUGGAAAGCGACAAGGAAGGGAAGGAGGGGAGCGAUGAGAGCAUGGGGGAAACGGUGCCGGACGGGGGGUCAAUAGAAGAAGAAAGGGAUUCCGGAAUGGAUGAGAAUCCAAAUCAAAAUGAAAGCAAUUCAUUGGAUGUUUCAAUGGAAAAUGAAACUGUCGAUGAAGCCAGCAAACAAAGGGAGAGUGAAAAGCAAAAUGAGUCAAUAAGUGAUCGGGAAAAUGAGUCAGAUAUUCAGCCAAUAGUAGAUAACAGCAUCGAAGCAAUGCCACAACGAUUAGAGACGCCAAGUGAAAAUCAAGAAAUUAGGGAAAUACCCCAAGAAAAUGUGGAAAAUCUAAAUCUCAGUCAAAAUACCGAAAUAUUAUCACAGGAAACCCAGGCUAGUUCACAAUGUACCAAAGAAACCACCUCGGAGGAAGUGACCAGUGAAAUGAGACACCUGCCCGAUAAUUGUUCGGAACCCCUGGAACAUCGUAUUUUCGAAGAAGAAUUUGAAAUUCUAUGUAAAACCGGCAAUCUUGUAGCGAAAAAUAAAGUGAAAGACGAUCUUUGCUCGGAGCUGGUGCAAAAACUUAAAGAUUUUGCCAUCAAUUUACAGCGGGAUUGUGAACAUUUCUCCACGGCUACAACGAAUAUUGAGGUGAAGCUACAUGACUAUAUACAACAACAGUAUAGGCAUUUUCAAACUCAAUUCAAACCCUAUUGUUAUGAGGAAACCCGCAGCAUUGAAAUCCAAACGGAUUUUAAGAAAACUUCCAAAGGACGUCGUCGUAAACUGAAUCAAGAGUCUAAGCAGAGUAUUCUAAAUGCCUCGGAUAGAUCAUCGGGAUCUAGUAGUGAGUUAGCGACAAGUUCGGAAAAUGAAGAAGGUCAAGGCGUUGAUAAACCAAAAAGGAAUAGAGUUCCUAAAAAAUCUUCCGCAUCAGACAAUGAAACAACAAAUCGUUCUGAGGAAAAUUUCAAAAUUUCUCCCCUCGAAAACCAGCAAUCCCAGCUGUUGUCUGGCAAUUUUUAUCUAGACUAUGAUGAUGGCAUAAAUCUGACACAAUAUGUCCAAUCGGAAAUAUUCGAAAGAGAAACCAAUUCGUCGCCCAACUCCUCCUUGGAUGAGGAAGACAGUGAUAAGGGAGAAAAUAAUGAGGUGGCCAUUGAAACAUCGAGCAAUAACAAUGAAGAUGGUGUUGGUGACGACGAAGAUAGCGAUGCCGAUAUCUUUUUCAAACCCAAAAAGAAGAAGAAAAGUUCAGCGGGCGAUGGAAAUUCCGAUGGAGAUGCCGCCAAUAGUUCGAAGAAAUCAAGGAAAAGUCACACGAAUGAUGAUGUUUCGCAUAACAGCGAGAGUGACAAGGAGAAUCUUAGCGUGGAACGUAAAGAAAGGAAAUCACAUCAGUCUAUGGAUGAGGAUGAGAGAAAUGAUAAGGAGAUAGAACGUCUAUUAAACAUCGAUGGUUUGGCAAAGAGGAGUGUGGCGAACAGUGGCAGCAGUAAGAUCAGUGACAAAAGCAAGACCAAAGCUCAAUCGACCAAAAGUCAAAAUGAUCGCUUUGAUUUUAUGGAUGUGGAAUUUGGUUCGGAUGAUGAAGUGAAAAGUGAAGCUGAGGAAGAAGUGAUUACGGAAAAACAAUUUCUGGAACGUUGUAAUGAGGACAUCAAACGUCAAAUGUUGGAUGAAUCCAGUACAGACUCGGAAGAACUGGAGGAGGAAGAUGAAGAUCUCUUACUGGGUGCCGCCUCUGAGGAGGAUGAUGAAAGUGGCAAAAAUUCACCUUUGGUGGAUAAGUUUUUGAAAACAUUUGUUGUCGAUGACAGUGACAAUGAGGGAGUAAUGGAUGAAGAUGAUGAAAUCGAUUUGGACAGUGACAAGGAGCAGGAGCCCAAGGAAAAUGGUAAUAAGGAAGGCGAUGAGGAAGAGGCCACGGAUUUGUCAUUAAAGGAGAAGGAAAAUGAAGAUGUCACUGAGGCAGAUGCCGAAAACGGUGAUGGUGAUCCUCCAACGGCCACUGAAAUUGAACUACUAAAUGACAAUCUGCUGUUUCGCAAGCGAGGUUCUCGUCCCCAGAAAUUGGACAAAAUGCUUUCGGAUGCCGAAAAACGCAAACGUAUUAGUAAAAUUGAUGAAGAGCUCAUAUGCCUAAGUUCUGAAAGUGAGAACUCCGAUGUGGAAGAAAUCGAUGCCGAGCCCAGCCAGUCAACAAAGCCAAGGGCCAUAAAACCCAUGCUAAGACCCGAUCAGCUGGCUGGCGAAACUCUAAAGGCCCAAAAACAAGAAAAUGAACGAAUCGCCCGCCUCGAGAAGAAACACAAUAUGUUGGAUAAGGUGCUCAAAGAUCGUCCCGAUGUGGAUAAAAAUAAAGAUCUCAUUUUGGACUACAUCAAGGAGACAAAACAAUUCAUUCGGGUAGAUCCAAGCAUUGUCAAGCUGCUCAAACCCCAUCAAUUUGAUGGUGUACGUUUUAUGUACGAUUCCUGUUAUGGUGGUGUGGAUGCUCUCAAAAAGAGCCCCGGUUCUGGUUGUAUUCUGGCACAUUGUAUGGGUCUUGGAAAGACACUGCAAUUGAUUGCCCUCCUACAUACUGUGAUAUCCUAUAAGGAAUUGAAAACGACAAAAAUUUUAGUGUUAUGUCCCAAGAGUACGGUCAUGAAUUGGGCCGAUGAAAUCAUACGCUGGCUGGGUCCACUGAGGCAAAAGAAUUUAAAAGUCUACACGUUUAAUGACACCUCGGAUAUAAAUGAAAAACUGGGCAUUCUGCACGAAUGGUCCCAGGCUAAUCACAAUCGUGCAGGUUGUCUACUAAUUGGCUAUGAGGCAUUUCGUACCUUGGUAUUUUAUCAUUCCUAUAAGAAUCGUGGCAAUAUUAGUGCUCAUCGUUUGGAAGAAAUUAGGCAGAAGGUUAAUAACUAUCUCUUGCAGCCUGGUGCUGAUUUAGUGAUCUGUGAUGAGGGUCAUAUUAUUAAGAAUAGCAAAUCGGCCAUUAGCAUGGCUGUGGCUCAGAUUGUAACGCCGAGGCGUAUAGUGCUGACCGGUACGCCCAUACAAAACAAUCUGAAAGAAUAUUAUAGCAUGGUGAAUUUCAUAAAACCCCUGUUUUUGGGUACGGAAAAAGAAUUUGCCAAUCUCUAUGCAAAUCCCAUUAAAAACGGCCAGCACAAGGACUCUGGAAAGACAGAUAUUAAAAUUAUGAAACAACGUUCGUUUGUUUUACACAAAAAACUAUCGAAAUUUGUACAGCGCAAAGAAGCCGAAUUGCUGAAAACAUUCUUGCCACAGAAAUUCGAAUACGUAUUAUUUAUACCCAUGACAGAGGUACAAAAUAAUCUCUAUGAACACAUAUUGAAUGCCAUCAAGAAUCGUGAUGAACAUUAUCGCGGAAAGGGUCUGAUUACCGAUUACACAUGUUUGCGUAAAAUUUGGACACAUCCAAAGGUUUUAGAAGAUGCCUGGAAGAAUGCUGUUUCGCAACGCAACAAAAAAGAAGUGGUGCGUCAAAAACAAAAGGAUCAUAAUUCCGACGAUGAUCAACCCGAUGAUAUCUAUGACAGUCAAACGGGACAAAUGUCGGUGACAAACGACUGGUGGCGUAGCCUAUUAACGAAAACCGAUUUGGAAUCCAUAAUGCCCAGCAAUAAGUUGCGAACAAUGUUUAAAAUCCUACAAAUGUGUGAGGAGAAGCGGGAGAAAUGUUUAAUUUUCUCAGCCUUUGUGGCCGUGCUAAAUGUGGUGGAGUAUUUCUUUAAGAAAAUCACCGAAAAUGAUGAAACCGUGCGCAAGGAAUUGAAUAUUACCACACCCACGCAAUGGCACCUGGGCAAGGACUAUUAUCGUUUGGACGGCAAGACUCCCAAGUCCAUACGUCAUGCCAUGAUCAAUGAGUUCAAUAAUCAACUUAACGAACGGGCCAGAGUCUUUUUGAUUUCAGCCAAGGCCGGUGGCCAGGGUAUUAAUUUGAUUGGUGCUAAUCGUGUCAUUAUCUUGGACACCUCAUGGAAUCCCUCCAAUGACCAACAGAAUAUAUUUCGGGUUUUUCGUCUGGGACAGAAAAGAAAUUGUUAUAUCUAUCGGCUAUUGGCAAUGGGUACCAUGGAGGAAAAGGUGUAUUCACGUUCGGUUACAAAGCAGGCCAUGAGUUUUAGGGUUGUGGAUGAACAACAAAUCGAUCGUCAUUAUAAUAUGGCGGAAUUGGCGGAACUAUAUAUCCUAACCGUACCCGAUAAAAGUAAACGACCCACCCCAAUUCUGCCCCAGGAUAGCAUAUUGGCCAGAUUGUUGCGUUCCUAUCCCGAAUUGGUUUACAAAUAUCAUGAACACGAUAGUCUUUUGGAGAAUAAGGUUGAACAGGAGCUAAGUGAACAGGAAAAGAAUGAGGCCUGGACUGCCUAUGAAAGGGAUCUGCAAAUAAGCUCAGAACUAAAUGAAAAACCAAAUAUUGAAGAUUUGCAAAACAAAUUCAAUGCUCAAAAUUUGGCCAAUUAUAUGUCGCCAUAUUCAGGUUUAGACGUGAGUACAGCUAAUACAAACACUAACAAUAAUAACAAAAAUAUGUCCGGCCUGUUUGGUCCGCGUGGCUUUGCUCCACAUCUGCUGCAAUCGCUGCUGGGUCCCAACAGCACACCCUCCACUACCCAACAGUAUCUGGACAUGCUGAACUAUUAUAAAAAUUUAAAUGCCUAUGCCGAUCUCAGUCCAUAUUCAGCGCUAACAGCAAUGGCUGCUGGACGCAUGCCGCCCACUGGUCCACCCGCCUCAGCAAAUCCAGCAGCAAAUCCCUUGGCUGCAUUGGGAGAUUUGAGCAUGUAUGGUCUACCCAGCAGUGCACUCCAGGGACUGAGUGCCACUUCGGCGGGUAGUAUGAAUUUGGCUAGCAGCGUUUUGGCCAAUGCAUUACCACCACCACCGCCGCCUCAGCACGGGGCAAUGUCUACGGCUGCCUCAUCAUCGGCUGCUGCCUCAAUGUAUACCUCAUCGGCAUCCACAUCGAUGGUAAAUGCGGUUCUCUCCUCGGCCGGCAUGACAAAUACCACAAAUUCCAAUGCGCUCUCGAGCUAUGAACAGUAUCAGCAGUCGCUGAGAAAUUCAUAUUCUGCAAUGCCCAGCAUGUAUAGUUAUGCUGGGGAUUUUGGCAUAGGCUCGUCGGGCUCUACAAUUCUGGAUAAAUCGAAAACGGGGAAAAGUGGCAAUAACAACAACAACAACAAACAUUCAACGUCUAGCAGUAAAAAUUCCACAAAUUUACCAGGUGGUUCGAAGAGUAAUAAUACCCCCACCCCAGUUAGCCUGUACUCUUCAGCUUCGUCAUAUUUGAAUCAGCAGCAGCAGUCGCAACAACAUCACCAAUCAUCAAGACCCAGCUCAAGGAAUAUGUCAGCGGAUUUAUCAAACAAAUCGAAAAAUCAUAACCCCUCACCUUCAGCUGGAAACUCCUUAAUGCCAUCUGCCAGUUCAUCGGGUACAACAAUGUCUACAAGUUCGCCGCCAUCGGCAUUUACUAAUCCCCCUUCAAAUGCAAACAACACCACAACAACAAAAUCCAAUGACCCUCCACCACCCACUACGAAUAGUUUAAUCAACUAUCGGCGCUCUGAGUCUUCAGGGGGAGGCGCUAAUAACUCAACAUCCUCCUCAAAACCUGCCAAUUCUUCUGGAAAUUUGGUUACAAAUCCAAGACGAACUACUGGAAACUUGGAACAAUCUAAGGGCAAUAAUAACAACAACAGUAUGGGUGGUGGCUCAAAUAAAUCUUCUAUGGCUCAAAACCAUGCCACAACAACGGGUCACUCUAAACACUCAUCAUCCAGCGGGCAACAACAGCAAUCAUCUGCACCUUCUUCCUCCUCCUCCUCCACCACCUUCUCCUCUUCGGCAGCCAAUCAAAAAUCUCAGCAAAGUCACACAACAACGGGUCAUUCUAAGCACUCAUCAGCCACCGGGCAACAGCAAUCAUCUACGUCGGCUGCCAAUCAAAAAUCUCAACAAAGUCAAGCAAACAAACAGAUGUCAUCUAAUGGUUCCACAAAAUCAAGCGGCAGUGCGGACUCAAGUCGUACCCUGAACAUGGGCAUUUUAUAUCCCAAAAAUCAAGAGAAACAAACAACCUCCUCCAAACCCAGUUCACCCAUGAAUAUGGGCAUUGUGUAUCCACGAGGUGCCGGAAAGCCAACAACAACAUCUACAUCUGAAAUGCAAAUUAUACCAACCUCAUCACCGCCGGGUACCACAAGCAUAUCCAAGCAAUUGAAUGACCUAUCACCCAGUAUCUCCUUGACAGCUGUUACCAAACAAACUGGAUCGCAGAACAAAAGUCUGGGCUCAGCAAAUGUUAAGACCCCAAGUGGAGGAGGAAAUUCAUCGGCGCCAUCUCAAAGUAUACAAAUCAAUAAGAUUUUACAAAACAAUCCCGCAAUACGAAGGACAAAUAGUAGCCCUGUGACCACCUCUAGUUCUUCAUCUUCAGCAAUGGGUUCCAGCCCAAACUUGGCCAAAUCCCAAACAACGAACAGCAGCAGCAAUUCACUUACCAGCAAUAUUCUGGCCAGGUUUAAGGCAAACAGCAACCACAACAACAAAAGUAGCUCCAACUCAAACCCACCAUCCUUACAGCGGGCCAACACCACUUUGGCCAUUAGCAAAACGCCCAAUGUCAAUAUAACCACCAAAUCUCCUUCAGGUCUGAUCAUUACCAAUGUCAAGACGCCCAUAAAACAACAGUUACAAAACAUUGCCAGUAAAGUGGUGGCCGCCAGUGGUAGUCAAGGCAGUCAAGUCUCCACCCUGGCCAAACAACAGGCUGCCGUUUCGGUGGCCAAAUCCAAUGUUCAGCAACGGACUGCCACACCAAUUUCUUCGGCUAAUUUACAGAAAUCAAUUAGCAACACCAGCACCACCACCCUGCCAUCCAUAUCAACCCUAAAACGAGCAAUUAUCAAGAAAACCAAUCUAGCAGCAGCAGGUAGCCAAUCUGGUACAGCGCACAAAUUUCCCACAUCCCUGACAACGACUCCCUCCCUGACGGUGACCUCGUCUAGCACUAAAUUACCCAUAAUAAGUAGUGUCAAAUCAAUAUCUCCAGCCAUGGCUGCCAGUAUGGCUGCAGCGGCGUCGUCGUCAUCCUCAACUUUAAAUAAAUCAAAAUCAAAUCCUCAAAUAUUGUCGUCCUCCUCCUCCCCCGGUGGGACAUUGGUCCACAAACCCUCAGUGAUGAAUGUGGCCAAAACUCUGGCUCAAAUGCAAAAGCGAAUGCCGUCGUCAAUGUCAGCCACAAUGGUGGGAUCGUCGUCAACAUCUACAUCACAAUCGGCAGGCUCAUCUGGUGGCAUACGGAAUACUGUUAAUAUACGACCUGUCGGCGAUGCCAAACAGAACUCAUCGAACAUGAUGGGCGGUAGUGGCGGCGGCGGAGGCAGCGCCAGUGGAAAUGUCUAUAUCAUAGAGACAAAUAUCAAUGAUAAAAAAGUGGCAAUAGGAGCACCGACCAGAAGUGGCGGUGGCACAACAGUUACCAAAGUUUCGGCUCAAAAUCCAAAUAAAAGAAAGAGUACCGAUCCGUUGUCUAAGGAACUCACCAUCGAGAGUAAACGUAUGAAAAAUUAAUGUUAUUAAAUAUUUAUUUAAAAAAAUACAUCAUAGUAUAUAAUUUUGUUGUUUUUUUUUACUAAACAAUUUCUUUUGUCCAUCUGAGAUGAAAAAUCGAUUAAGAUUAAAUUAACUUAACUUAAAUUGAAGUGAUGAUGAUGAUUUUUCUUAAAUUAUUGAAUAAUUCUAGUUUAAGAUCGUAAACAACAAUAAUAUUAUUAACUAAUGUGUAUUAUAAGAAUAUUUUAAACUUAAAAUUAAGCAAAUUUUAGGUGAACGAAAUUUAGUUUAUCUUUUUUCUAUUCUUUUUCUACAUUUAAUCUUUGUGUGUAUAAACAAAAAAAAAAACAACAACUAUUUAAAUGAAUAAAUAUAUUUUUGUAUUUCUCGUUUAUGUAUUCAAAUACAAUACAUAUAUAAAUAUCAUGUGUAAAGAAGAAUAUGUGUGCAAAAACUUUUAAUUAUAACAAAUAUGUGCAUGAACGGUAUCAAAAAUAAUUAAAAAUAAAUAAAAAAGUAUCUAAUAGUCGUUUAGUGUUAUUAAAAAAGCACAGUGUUUUGUGUUGAAAAAAAUUGCAAACAUGACAUUUUUAUUUUAUAAUAAUAUGAGUCAGAAAUUUUUUUCGUUCUUUAUGGACGCCCACGAAGCACAGGCAACCUUUGUUUAUUUGACAGGCCAUACAUGAAUCUUAGUCUUGUAAAAGCAGUUAAAGGUUUUAAAGCAAAUUAAUACAUUACCCUACCGCCCUAAGAGUUGCCAGCAAAGCCAAUUUUUUUCUAAAUAUCAAUAAAUACAUUUUAUUUAAGUAGAUGUUUGCAUUUUACGCGGUAUGCAUCAAUCGAUCUAUAGAUCCCUACAUGAAGGCGCCAAUAAACAGUCGCCGGCAUUGGCAUACAAUUGUGAAUGAUACGUAUGAAAACGAACGUAAACAAAAAUGUGUGACAGUAUGGGGGCAUUUCAAUCACAAUGGUUCAUUUUCUUUCCGUCGCUGCUGACACGACGCCAAUCAAUUGCAUCGAGUAGAGCAGCAAAGUAAAUAAAUUCUCCAAAAGCUUACACACAACAGAUCAGACAAAUUUGUGCGGUAUUUAUUUAUAAACCAACCACAAAGUGCAUUAAACAAAGAAAAA